UGAUAAGGCUGUAAAAAUUGUAUAGCUCUAUAAAUUUUUGGCCAUUUAUGAAUUAGUUUUUAUCAAAUACAUGAAAAAAAUAUUGGCAAACAUGUUGAUUUUCCGGUGUGCACACGUUCAAGGUAUGCGGGGAUUUUUCGUUUUAAAAAACUGUCUUCACAGCACGAGAAAACAAGGAAAAGUAUUUCAUAAGUUAAUGGAUGCUUCACGACAUAGAAAAAUAGUAUUCGAUUCAGAUGGCCCAACAUUACAAUCGACACCAUCAACUUCAAUCCUAGUUCGAGGCAAAGAAUCAAGCCGUAGGUUAGCUGUUCUAAAUAAGUUGUUCAUGGAACAAAUAACGGAUUUGUUGACGACUGGAAGAAACUCUGAAAAAUUAGCCGGUCAUGGUUUACAAAUAUCAAAAGUUAAAUUUGCUAGCGAUUUACAUGAGGUAAAUGUUUUCUGGUUUACAUCGAAUAAACCCGAUCCCGAUACAGAACACCUCCUGGAAAGCAUUGCUGGCGGACUACGACAUGAACUUUCACAACUAAGGUUAAUCGGACAGGUUCCAAGAAUUAACUUCGUGAAAGAUAAAACAAACGAUCUGAUGAUGGAUUUACAAGAUGCUUUAGAUAAAUCUGAUUAUGGUAAAGGUUUUUCUCCUAAAACAACAAACGCUUUAUUGAAAAGUGAAACUGAACUCGAAAUUCGAUUACCAUCGGAAAUUCGUGAGCAAAUAAAAAGUCUGAAUGAUCAUUCUACAGACUUCCAAGGAAAUCAGGACUCAAUUCCUACCAUGCGCAAUGAUACAAUGGGAUUAGAUUACGCGAGUCUAAUGAAUAGAAUUAAACGUUUAACAAAUAAAAGCAAGUUAGCAUGGGCACAACAUGCAAGUAAUAAUAUCACGAAUUAAGUUUAGUUCACUGUUCAAUACCUCUAUUACAGAAAUCAGUAUUUAUGAU